AUGGCGACGGCGAGCGACACUAGGGUUUUGGGGGCGGCGAAUCAAGAUGCAAUGAUGAAUGAAUCUGGAGGGCAGGGGAGGCCUCCGGGUGAUCCCCCCGACUCAUGGGUAGGGAAGUUGGUAGGGAGUAAUGGUGGUGGGAUGCGCAGGCCAGAGGAUGUUUUGGAUGAGAAGUUUGUGGCAGAAAGGGUUACCCUUGAGUUCCCUGAUGGGGUGGAUGGGGAACCAGUGAUAACCAUAGGAUCGGAUGUGCUGGAGGCGAUGAACGAUUUAUGGAAGCAGUGUAUGAUUGUCAAAGUCCUUGGACGGAACGUACCGCUUAUGGCGUUACACCGGAGACUAAAAGAAUUAUGGAAACCUAAAGGGGCGAUGGUUGUUAUGGAUCUACCCCGUCAGUACUUCAUGAUUCGCUUUGGAGAAGAGGAAGAUUACAUAAACGCUUUAACAGGAGGACCGUGGAGAGCGUUUGGAAGCUAUCUUAUGGUUCAGGCUUGGAACCCGGAGUUUGAUCCAGUCAAGGAUGACAUAACUACAACGCCAGUUUGGGUGCGUAUCUCUGAUUUACCGGUUAACUUCUAUCACAAGGCAAUCCUUUUUGGUAUUGCGAGAGGAGUGGGGAAGCCUAUCAAGGUGGAUGCAACCACGUCGAAUUUGGAGAGAGCAAGGUUUGCACGGGUUUGUGUGGAGGUUAACCUUAAGAAACCAUUGAAGGGUUCAAUUAUGGUUAAUGGUGCAAGAUUCUAUGUUUCAUAUGAGGGACUAUCUAAUGUAUGCUCGGGAUGUGGUCUUUAUGGUCAUAUGAUUCAUACAUGUCCGUCGUCGGUUCGAGCAAGAGAGGAGAUGAGUGCUCCUCGAGCUCAGCGCACUGGGACUGAGAUGCCUCCUGGUCACGCAGAAGAUGGAUACACGCAGGUGAAGCGAUCGGGUCGGAAGGCGUCGGGGUCGACGGAUGUGGCAGCUGCUGCUAGGGGCCAAAAAGGAAAUGCGAAUCUUGGUAGGCGUGAUUCACGGUUGGAGAAGAAUAUGGAAAAUAUCACUGUUUCCAACAGUUUUGAUCGGUUAAGGGAAGAUUUGGAGUUUGAAGAUCCACGUGAAGAUACGCGUAAAGAUACGUCGCGUGGUGAGGGGAACAAAGAGAACCAAGAUGUGAAUGUGAAACGUGUUCCGCAAACAGGGCCUAUGGUGUUUGAGGCAGGCCCGUUAAGGCCCAUUGCGGGAAGCAAAAACAAUGACAAGGGGAGGAAGAAUGGGCCGAUGAAAACCAUUAAUCGAUUUAAGGCCCAAGCGAAAGUGAAACCGGUUAGAGGGCUGAUUUUUGGCCCACAACAUCAGGACUCAGAACUUUCGUUGACGGGGAAGAGAAUGAGGGUUGAACCGGGAAACGUGGGUCGCUCAGGAGGGCGAUUUGUGAAUGAGAACCAAGGAUCAGGAAAGGAGGGUCAACAUGAGCAGGCGGAGGGCAUGGAGACAUCUCUGGUUCCGAUGGCGGUUGUCGAGCAUACAGAGGGCACUGAGAAAUCAGGGAACUCUGAGAUGGAGAUGGAGUUUCGAAGAUCGAUAAGGUAUAUCUUGAAGAAGUUCAAAACAGAUAUUUUAGCAAUUUUUGAGACGCAUGCUGGAGGUGAGAAAGCGAGGAGUAUUUGUCAGAACCUUGGGUUUGAGAAUUCUUUCAGAGUUGAUGCUGAAGGGCAGAGUGGGGGAUUAUGGUUGUUAUGGAGAUCAGGGAUUGGCGAGGUUAAAGUUGUGCUCUCGUCGAACCAGUUUAUUUAUGCUACGGUGUUGAAUGGAGAGGAAACUCUUAACCUCAUUGUGGUGUAUGCGGCGCCAUCAGUAAGCAGGAGAAGUUCACUGUGGGGCCAGCUAAAAGAUGUUAUUGGAGGUAUCGAAGGACCUUUAGUGAUCGGAGGAGACUUCAAUACAAUAGUUCGUUUGGAUGAGAGAACAGGAGGUAAUGGGCAACUCUCAGAUGACUCCUUAGUCUUUGGGGAGUGGAUAAAUGAUUUAUCUCUUAUUGAUAUGGGCUUUACUGGAAAUCAAUUUACGUGGAAACGAGGGAAAGAAGGGAGUUCCUUUGUAGCUAAGCGUCUGGAUAGGGUGCUGUGUUGUGCUCAGACCCGCUUGAAGUGGCAAGGUGCGUUAGUCUCCCAUUUACCGUUCCUUGCUUCAGACCAUGCACCAUUGCUUCUCCGACUUGAACCUCCGGUGAGAAUGGAUGCGAGUAGACGACCUUUCCGGUUCGAGGCUGCCUGGUUACAACACCCGAGUUUUAAAGAUUUGUUGGAGAACUCGUGGAACAGGAACAUUAACACGAAGGCUGCUCUGCAGAAUCUUCAACUUGUUCUGCGUAAAUGGAACAAGGAGGUAUUUGGAGAAAUCCAAGUUCGGAAGGAGAAAGUAAUGAAAGAGAUCAAAGAAGUGCAGGAGGAAAUUGAUAGGAAUCAGACGGACGAGCUCUUGAACAGGGAGGAGUCGUUAUUAAAGGAGUUUGAUGUUAUUCUUGAACAGGAGGAAAUGGUGUGGUUUCAGAAAUCUAGAGAGAAAUGGGUGACUCUUGGGGAUAGGAACACUAAGUUCUUUCACAUGUCCACGGUGAUUCGACGGCGAAGGAAUCGUAUUGAAUCUCUGCAGAAUAAUGAGAAUAAGUGGGUUUCUGAUACAGUGGAGUUAGAGAGCAUGGCGGUACAGUAUUUUACUCGCCUCUACUCAUUGGAAGAUGUUGAUCUUGUUGUUGAGAAGCUUCCGCAGGAAGGUUUCCCUAGUCUUUCGCGAGAUGAUAAGGUGGAACUAAGUAGACCGUUCUCAGGGAUGGAUAUAGAACAAGCAGUGCGGAGUAUGGGGAGCUUUAAAGCUCCGGGACCGGAUGGUUAUCAACCUAUUUUUUAUCAAAAGAGCUGGGAGGUAGUGGGGGAAUCAGUGAUAAGGUUUGCUUUGGAUUUCUUUGAGUCGGGGCAGUUACCGCAGGAGACUAAUGAUGCGUUGCUAGUUCUCAUUCCCAAGGUAGCAAGUCCAGAAAGGAUCACUCAGUUUCGACCAAUUAGCCUUUGUAAUGUUCUCUUUAAGACAAUUACAAAAGCUAUGGUUAGAAAACUGAAACAAGUGAUGGUGAAGCUAAUUGGACCGGCUCAGUCGAGUUUUAUUCCAGGACGGCUGAGCAAUGAUAAUAUAGUGAUUGUGCAAGAGGCGAUUCACUCAAUGCGGCAGAAGCAAGGGAAAAAAGGAUGGAUGAUUUUAAAAUUGGAUCUUGAAAAGGCUUAUGAUCGGAUUAGAUGGGACUAUCUGGAGGAUACUUUGCAAGCCGUGGGUCUGUCAGACAGAUGGGUAAGAUGGAUCAUGGAGUGUGUUACAGGACCAUCUAUGUGCUUGCUCUGGAAUGGCGAGAAAACGGAGCCGUUUAGACCAGCGAGAGGCCUAAGACAAGGGGAUCCCUUAUCCCCAUAUUUGUUUGUGUUGUGUAUGGAGCGUCUAUGUCAUCUUAUUGAGGAUGCGGUUGGGGCAAAGAUAUGGAAACCGGUUCAGCUCUCCUGUGGAGGUCCUAAACUUUCUCAUAUUUGCUUUGCCGACGACUUGAUAUUGUUUGCGGAGGCAUCUGUAGCGCAGAUCAGGGUGAUUCGGGGAGUCCUUGAGAGGUUCUGUAAUGCCUCAGGCCAAAAGGUGAGCUUAGAGAAGUCCAAGAUCUUCUUUUCUAAGAAUGUGGCGGUGGAGUUGAGUAAUCGCAUCACCUAUGAGAGUGGUAUUCAAUCCACAUAUGAUCUUGGGAAGUAUUUGGGAAUGCCGAUUCUCCAUAAGCGGAUCAAUAAAGAAACGUUUAGUGAAGUUAUUGGCAGAGUCUCAUCGCGGUUAGCAGGGUGGAAAGGGAAGAUGUUGAGUCGAGCUGGUAGGAUUACUUUAACCAAAGCUGUGUUGUCUUCUACUCCAGUCCACACUAUGAGUAGUAUUCAGCUACCCGUUGCUACUCUUAAUGCUUUGGAUAAGUUAUCAAGGGAUUUUAUAUGGGGAAGUACGAGUGAACAACGAAAGCAACAUCUGGUUGCAUGGGAUCGAGUAUGUAAACCAAAACAGGAGGGUGGUCUGGGCAUUAGGCAUGCUAAGGAGAUGAAUAUGGCGUUACUAGCAAAGUUGGGUUGGAGAUUGUUGAAUGAUACCACUAGUCUUUGGGCUCGGGUGCUGCGGAGUAAGUAUAACAUUGGUGACGUCCAAAAUUUAGCUUGGCUCGCAUCUACUGGUUCAUGGUCUUCGACUAUGAGGAGUGUGGGGAUUGGAAUCUUAGAGGUGAUCGUUAAAGGGUAUGCUUGGGUUGUGGGGGAUGGAGCAACUAUUCGUUUUUGGACUGAUAAAUGGUUGGGUAAUGAAGCUUUGAUAGACUCUGUGCGUGGAUUUUUACCAGACGAGCUUGUGAAUAUGAGGGCAAAGGAGUUGUGGCAGGCGGAUGGGGGAUGGAAGCUUGAGGUUAUUGGGCAGUACAUGGAUGAGGAUAAGAGAUUGGAGCUUCGAUCAGUUGUCCUAGACACCGUUACAGGGGCUAAAGACAGGUUGGCUUGGGGAGAAACUCGAGAUGGAAGUUUCUCAGUUGCGUCAGCUUAUGCACUGGUAACACGAGAGAAUGUCCUUACACAGGAUAUGGAGCAGUUUUAUAAUUGUAUAUGGAGGUUGAAGGUACCGGAAAGGAUACGCGUCUUCUUGUGGUUGGUCUCUCAGCAAGUCAUCAUGACAAAUGAGGAAAGAUUUCGAAGGCAUAUUGGGGUUUCUAAUGUUUGUCAAGUGUGCAGAGGGGGUGUGGAGUCAAUAAUACAUGUUCUCAGGGACUGUCCAGCUAUGCAAGGUAUAUGGAACCGGAUUAUACCACCGGUUAAGAGGCAAAAGUUCUUUCAGCAGUCUCUGCUUGAAUGGACCUAUGAUAAUCUCUCGAGCUCGGAGGUUCGAACGGAGACGGGUCCUUGGGUUGUUCUUUUCGCAGUAGCAGUGUGGUGGGCUUGGAAGUGGCGGUGUGGGAACGUCUUUGGGGAGAAGCGGCUGUGGAGGGACCGAGUGAAGUUUGUUAAAGAACAGGCUAAAGAUAUUAGUACAUGGAGUAAAAAGAAAGAAUUGGUGAAGGCAGUGAGAGUAGAGAGGUGGAUUAAAUGGGAAAAGCCACCAUUACAAUGGUUUAAGGUGAAUACGGACGGGGCUUCGCGUGGAAAUCCGGGGCUUGCUACGGCUGGUGGUGUGUUGAGAGAUGAGAAUGGUAGUUGGAUCUGUGGUUUUAGCCUAAAUAUAGGGCUUUGUUCUGCACCUUUGGCUGAGCUGUGGGGUGUCUACUAUGGCCUGUUGAUUGCUUGGCAGAAAAGAGUUCGGUGUGUGGAAAUAGAAGUGGAUUCGGCUGUGGUGGUGGGUUUCUUUCAGACAGGGAUCGCGGAGACGCAUCCUUUGUCCUUCCUAGUACGACUGUGCUAUGGCUUUAUUUCUAGGGACUGGAUAGUCCGUUUUAAACACGUCUUCAGAGAAGCAAAUGGUUUUGCGGAUGGCUUGGCUACUUAUGCUUUUUCUCUAGCAUUAGGAUUUCAUUUUUUUGAUGUUGUUCCAGUAGAAGUUAAUCUUUUGUUGAUUGAGGAUGUUUCAGGCCCGCCUAAGUCGAGGCAUGUGGUCGAGUAGUACGUUUAUGUUGAAAUAAAUUAAACUUGGGAGUUUUUACUCCCUUGUAUUCACCAAAAAAAAAAAAAGAAAAGAGAGUUUUGGAGAUUCAAUAAAAGCCUUUUGAGAGAAAAGAA